AUGAUCCGCACCAUUUCCCUGUUUUUAUUGCUUCCGGUUUUCGGGCUGCUCGCCGAGCUCAAUCUUGAGUGCAAGCGUCGUCUCGGCGGAAUUCCAUUGCCAUUGGGAGUAUUCACCGUUCAAAAACACGGUUUUCCGGAUGCUCUUCCACCGAUCCGCACAGCACUUUCCCAUGUUCACAAUAGGUCCUGCAUAUUACAAGGAUAUAGGCUAGAAAUGAUUGUCAAAGAUACACAUUGUAAGACGUCUCAGGGGAUGCGAGCGCUGUUCGAUUUGAUCGCGUCGAGACCACGACCAGUGGCGAUUCUUGGAGGACAGUGCACACAGCUUAAACCCCAAAUCUUAAGAUUCUUUGCAAAAUUUCACAUGGAAACAUUUUUUUUGCAGGUGAACGAACCGAUUGCAAUGGCGCUCAAAUAUUGGCAAAUCGUGCAAUUAUCGUACGCCGAGACUCACGCGAAAUUUGCGUCUUCCGACUCGCACGAGCUUUUUCCAACGUUCUUCCGAAUUGUUCCCGGAAGUCGGAACACAAAUAUGGCGAAAUGUAAGCUCGUGAGCCAUUUUGGAUGGAAACGCGUCGGGACCAUCAAGCAAAACGAUCAGCCCAGAUAUGCACUUCCCCACGAAUCAUUGACCAAUCGUCUUGAGCAUGGCUUCGGCGUCAAAAUCAUUCACACCGCUGGCGUUAACUACGAACAAAUCGAGAAUGUUGGAACAGAGCUCGACGAGCUCAAGGCGCGUGACGCCCGAAUAAUCAUUGUCGACGCCGAUUCCGAAAUGACAGCCAACAUUAUGUGCGCCGCAUUUCAUCGAGGAAUGUUUGGCGAUAAUUAUGUGUGGAUGCUUCCCGGAUAUCAUUCCGAAUCAUGGUUCAAAAAAGCGCACAAAAAUUGCACAGAAGAGGAAUUGCGACGAGCGGUUCGCCGGCAUUUCGCCGUUCAAUUCUCGCUAUCGAGACCCGACGAAGAUUUUCCAAUCGUGGGAAAUUCGCGCGCCGGCGAUGUCUGGCAGGAGUUGUCGGCUCAAGAUCCAAACAAUACCUGGCGCGGAUAUCUCUACGAUGGACUUUGGACUUUGGCAAUUGCUUUGAGCCGCUCGAUGGGCGACAAUGCCGAAUUCUCACACCAUAAAAUGGUGGAAGCCAUCAAUAACUCGUCAUUUCAAGGCGUUACGGGUAUGGUGAAAUUCGCCAAUAAUGAACGAUUGGGUCUUGUCGAUAUUUUGCAAUGGAACGAUGAGAAUUACGUGAGAGUUGGAGGAUAUGAUGGAGCCGAAGACGAGUUCUCAAUUAAUAUGGAUAAUUUCAAAAAAUGGAACCCUCCUUUGGAUUCGACAGUAACCGAAAGACGUCGUGAUUAUGUUUCGUCACUUUUAUUCAUCGCAAUGUCAUUUUUGGCGAUGGUUGGAAUCGCUUUAGCACUUAUAUUUCUCCUCAUCAAUUUUCGAUAUCGAAAUCAUAGAUUCAUUAAAAUGUCGUCACCAAAUCUCAAUAAUAUCAUCAUCGCUGGCUCAAUAUUCACAUUUGUGUCUGUGAUACUUUUGGGUGUCGAUACGCGAGUCGUCGAAGAAGCCAAUUUCGUCAGAUUAUGCUAUCUUAAAAGUUGGACUCUGUGUCUCGGAUUCACCCUCGCAUUCGGCUCAAUGUUCUCAAAGACAUGGCGAGUGCACUCGAUUUUCACGAAUAUUAGAAUGGAUCGAAAGGCGAUCAAAGACUCGAAGUUGUUCAUGAUCCUCGGCGUCCUUCUCCUCAUCGACGUUGUCGUUUUGUGCGCCUGGGCAAUCAUUUCGCCGUUCUCUUUCAAAGUCAUCGAAUUACCUCAUAUAGCCGAAGACAAUAUCGUAAUAAUUCCUGAAGUCGAAAAGUGCCAUUCGCCGAAUUCCGGCGUUUUUCAAGCAGCCCUUUACGCAGUGAAAGGGAUUCUGAUGAUUCUUGGAUGCUUUCUGGCGUGGGAAACUCGCCACGUGAAUGUUCCAGCACUCAAUGAUAGCAAAUAUAUUGGAAUGAGCGUUUACUGUGUCGUUGUCAUGAGCGUGUUAGGAUUGUCGACAUCGGUUAUUCUUCAGGAGCGUGUCAACGAGAUGUUCGCUCUCGCCUCAUUCUUCGUCAUAUUCUCGACAACACUGACACUGUGUCUUGUGUUUGUGCCGAAGAUCAUCGAGCUCGCUCGGAAUCCGAUUGGCAACGAGCCGAGAGCAUAUCGACGUGGUCUGAUGAAGUCGGUCGUCGCGAAAUCAUCGCAACAAAUGUCGCCGCAGCAACGAGCUGAUAGCGCUGGCGAUUUGCUAUCGAAAGCUGAAAGUGAGAACAAAAUUCGAAGGCGCUACUUGCAUCAGAAGUCGGCCCAACUGUGGGACCUCAUUGAGAAGCUCAAAGCGCGAGGCGAUCAUCAAUUUCUGCAGCAAGGAGGGGCAUUGAAACAAAAAAAAAAUUGA